AUGAAGCAUGUACAACGUUUCAAGGCCCGAAUUCUAGCGCGGACUGAGUUGCCUCCUCCCGAACCGACACUCGAGAGCCCAUGCCCUCGUCCAGACGAGCCCUCAAGCAGUAUUACGGAGCCGACAAGAUCAAGUACAACCAUAUAUGGCCUAUCCAUAUUAGUGGACAGCAAGCCAGAUGAGGCAGGUCUCAUGGAUUUUCUAGUGGAUAUUGCUGCAAUUCAUGGCCUUAACGGGAAUGCAAUCUCAACAUGGCGACACUAG